UGUUUCUAUUGAGCUAUAAGUCUACUGUAAUGGAUAGGAGAGAACAACUAGGGGAGUCACGAGUGAUCACUGUCAGUUAGAGAUCUGUGUUCCAUGUCACCGUCGAAUCGCGGUAUUUGUCUGUCGUAAGGAGAUUCUCACCUUACUGUCGACACUCAUUUAAAUUAAUACAAAAAAUCCGUCUCAAGUGUUUUAAUUUAAAUCAGCAAAAAUUAUUGUACGAAUCUUAUAUUGUUGAUUAUGGCACGAGCAAUUACGAUUGCUCUUUUAUUGGUAGUGAUAUUGAUGAUAAGUUGUCCGGAAAUAGAAGCUCGUCGAGGAAAAACAAGAGCUAGAAGCAAAUCUCGUGUUCAGAUUGGCUUACCAAUCACCGGCAAAUAUCGCGAUCCGGAGAGUGAUCAGUACUAUAACAACAAUAAUGGUGCGAAAAUACUUCUGGCUUCACAUUUCGAUCUUGAGUACGUUCUGGGACACAAAAUAGCUUUUCUUUGUGUGGCUAGAGGCUCACCACGUCCUCAUAUUACCUGGUUCAAAGACGGUGCUGAAAUUUAUACCCAUUUAUAUUUACAUGUUCAUGAGUGGGAAUUGAAAAAUGAUACGGUUAAAUCAAAAUUGGAAAUAGAUCCUGCUACGCAGAUGGACGCUGGUGUGUACGAAUGCACGGCGGACAAUAUGUAUGCCAUUGAUCGACGAUCAUUUAAAACUGAUUUUUCAAUUGCUUUCGAUUAAUCUCGUUAUUAUUAUCAUAUAAAUAUACUAAAAAUAAUAAUAAAAUAAUGAUUUAUUUUUAA